AUGUCGCGUACAUCGUCACACAGUUGUUGGAGUACAGCCACAGGCCCCUCAUACACGGUGGCGUGGUCUCGCACGGUCCCGCGGGUCCCACCACACACUCUCCCACACGGUUCUCCGCUGCUCACCGGGCUCCUCCUGCGUCCGCGUCACUCCUCGCUCCGCGCUGAGGCAGAUCGGGCCGGGCCCGGGGCUCGAUCUCGCGGCGCCGACAGAGCUCACAAAGGCGCGGCAGCAGAGCGGCUCCGCGCAGGGGCCUCUGGGAGGUGGAGUCCGGCGCUUGACCUGAGCGGCGCAAGGCAUUCUGGGAACGCCCACCAGGGCGCGGCUUUCCGGGGCCAGAAGUCUCUGCAGGACUCUGUCCCUUCCCAGGUUUUCAAAAGCCGAACUCACUCCGACUGCGCAGGCGCAGCUUGCUCAGGCGGGUCUCUCUGGCAAGGAGUGGUGGAGGGUUCAGAACUGUUCAGGGAUGUGAUCAUAAGUUUCUCCCAAGAGGAAUGGGAGUACCCCGAGCCUGUUCAGAGGGAUCUCUACAGCGAUGUGAUGCUGGAGAACGAUAGCCAUCUGGUCUCUCUGGGUCUCACCAUAUCCAAACAUGAUGUGAUAUCCAUCCUAGAGCAAGCAAGGAUAGAGGAAAGGGGCACAGCAGGAGGCCAGUGUUCAGCAUCAGAAUCGGGAUAUGGUACCAAAAUGCUACCCUCAAAGCAACACAUUAAUAAAGUGGAGUCACCACAGUGGAAGACAGUGGGAAGCCUUAUAAACUUGAGUGUCCCAGAUGACUGGGAGGGCACAGACCUGUUUGACAGACAACCAGGAAGUUCAGGCAGAAAUGCCAGUCCUGUGUUAAUCAGUCAUGAAAAAAUGCCCACUUUAAACUGGCAAGCCUCUUUUACCGUUUACCAAACAAAGUCCUGUAGGAAUAAUAAACGCAAAAAGGACUUCUGGCAAGAGGAGUUCCUCAGUAAUCAAGGAAUUCUUCCUAAUGAGAAGCCCUACAAAUGUAGGGAAUGUGAGAAGGCCUUUAAAUAUGGUUCAUGACUAAUCUAUUCUGGCCAGAAGCCUUAUGAGUGUCAAGAAUGUGGGAAGGCCUUCAGUUCUGGCUCCAAUUUCAUACAACACCAGCGGGUUCAUGCAGGUGAGAAACCUUAUGCAUGUAAAGACUAUGCUAAAGCCUUCAGUCGAAGCUCACAACUGAUCGAACAUCAGCAAAUCCAUACUGGGGAGAAACCCUAUCAAAGUACCGACUGUGGCAAGGCCUUCAACCGGAUCUCACAUCUUAAAGUACAUCACAGAAUUGAUACUGGGGAAAUGCCAUAUGGGUGCCAGGAGUGUGGGAAGACCUGUAGUCGCAGAUCUCAGUUGAUUCAACAUCAGACUGCUCAUACUGGCAAGAAACCCUUUGAGUGAAAAGACUGUGGGAAGUCUUUUAAUCAAGGAUCCACUCUUAGCCACCAUCAGAGAAUUCACACUGGAGAGAAACCUUGCCAGUGUGAGGUUUGCAGGCGGGCCUUCAAACGGGUCUCACAUCUCACAGUGCAUUAUAAAACCCAUACAGAAGAGAAGCUGUGUGACCGUGAGGAAUGUGGGAAGGCCUUCAGUCAUUGCUCUCAGCUGAUUCAACAUCAGGUCAUCCGUCCUAAGGAAAAGCCCUAUGAGUAUAAGGGAUGUGGGAGGAGCGUAAACCGUGCUCCAACAGCCGUUCUACAUCCGAGACUGCAAUAGAGGAACACGUGUGAAUGUAGUAAAUGUAGAAAAGUCGUCCCUCGGCACCUAUCCACUAUUAAUCAUCAGGGAAUUGAUCCUGGCAAGCAAUCACAUGAACGGAAGUGAUACCGAGAGCCCAUUAGCUUAGGAUAAUCACAGCAUGUGCGUCCUGGAGAAAGGGAAGCUAAAUGUAAAUAAGAUGCCUCUAUUUAGAGUUUUCUAAACCAAACAAACAGGAACACUGGGAAAUAGUUUUGUCUCCCAGCGCAUUCCAGAAUCUAGUUAUGGGAUUUUUGUGGUGUUUUGUUGUUGUUGUUGUUUUGUUUUGGAGACACAGUCUCUCUGUGUAGCCUUGGCUGGCCCAGAAUUUGCCAUGUAAACCAGGCUGGCCUUGAACCCAUAAAGAUCUACCUGCCUCUGCCUUCUUAAUACUGGGAUGUUAAAAGUACGUGCUACCACGCCAGCUGUAGUCACAGGGAAGAGGAAGCUAAAUCACUCCUGGGUUAACCAUGAAGUAAAUCCUGCAGACACCAUGACUGGCAAGAAAAAAAAAACAAAAAACAACGAACCAAUACUUUUACAUGCUGAGAAAGGGAACACUAGAUUCAGGGUGUGCUGACACACGCCUUGAAUCCUAGCACUUGGGAGGCGGAGGCUGGUGAAUUUCUGUGAGAUCCGGGCCAGCCAGCUACACAGUGAGACCCUGUCAGAAAGCAACAGCAACCCCAUCCCAAAAAGCGAUAUCCAGGAGAAUGAAAAGAAUUUUAUAAAAAUUUCUGUGUGUGUGUGUGUGUGUGUGUGUGUGUGUGUGUGUGUGUAGAUACACACAUGCAAAUACUACAGUCCAUGUGUAGAGGUCUGAGGGCACUUUGUAGAGGCACUCGUUUCUCUCCUCCUUCAUGUGGGUCCCAGAGGCCGAGGUUAGACUGUCAGGCUUACCCACUGAGGAAUCUCACCGGCCCUUUUCAGAAUUCAAAGCACAUACAUUGUUUUUAAUUCUGGGGAGUAGUGUACAGACUUUGAACACAUGCUUGUGUAUGGAAACCUGAGUGAGUACUCAAACACACUGAAUGAAGGACCCAGAACUAGAAUCAGCUAUGCAUGGUGGCAUUAGCGUCUAAUCCCAGUCCUUGGGAAACUGAGGCUGGGGUCGAGUCAAGUUCAAGGCCAUGUUGGGCUACAGAGUAACACACUGUCUUAAAACAGUGAGGAACUGGAGAGAUGGCUCAGCGAUUAAGAGCACUGGAUACUCUUCCAGAGGACCUGGGUUCAAUUCUCAGCACCCACAUGACAGUUUACACCUGUCUGUAGCUCCAGGCCCAGGGGAUCCGACUCCCUCAUACAGACAUGUGUGCAGGUAAAACACCAAUGCACUUAAAUACAAAUAAACCAUUAAAAAAAAAGAAACUACCAAAUGCCCAGUCAAUAGAUUCAAAACAAAACAAAACAAAGCUACAAAAGAGGCAGUAGUUUCACAUUCUUUUGCAGCCCAAGGAAUUGUUUCUAAAUUCAGUUGUUUCUAAGGUUGGGAUCUGGGCCAGGUGUAGCCCUGGCUGGUCUUCAGUUUGGGGCGGCCCUCUGCCUCAGUCUCACAAGCACGGGGUUACAGGCCUGUGACAGUGUCUGGCUCUGUUUCUAGUUGAAAACAUUCACACUGUGUAGACAGUGUAUUUUCAUUCCUUCUAGACCAGAAGACGUGGAACCUGUAGGAAAGGGUCUUCUUGCUCUUAGGUGUCGGUGGACUUUUCUGUCCCACCAGCCAGUUCCCAAAGAACCACAUUGAGACUUGUUAUUAAUUAUAAAUGCUCAGUUGUUACUAGCUAACGCUUCCAUUUUAAAUCAACCCAUAUUUCUUAUCUACGCUGUGCCAUGUGUCUUGGUACCUUUUCUCAGUACGGCAAGCUCACCUCUCAGAGUUUCCUCAAAUUCUUAUGACUCCUCCCCUUCUUCUUUUGCGUUCUCUUUUGGUCUGCCAGUCCCACCUAACCUCUGCCUGUCCAGCUGUUGGACAGCCGGAAUCUUUAGUAACCCAAUCCCAGUGAUAUAUAUUCACACAGUGUCUGAUUCUUACUACUCUCAGCUGUUUCUUUCUAUUUCAGGAAUAGCCUUGGUUUUGGACAGUGCAUUUUAGUUUCUACAUGUCUAGAUUGUUUGGGGUCAUCCUUUGUCUCAUGUCACAGGUAGAUUUUUGCUGCUUACCCACCAGCCAUACCCAGCAAUUGCUGGCAUCUGCUUCUUGCUUUAGAAUCUGACAAGAGGCCUGGCAUGGUAGCACAGGCCUAUAAUCCCAGCACUUUGGAGGCAGAGGCAGGCCAGUUCUCUGUGAGUUUGAGGCCAGCCUGGUCUACAGAGCUAGUUCCGGGAGAGCCAGGGCUACAGAAAGAAACCCUAUCUCAAAAAACAAAACAAAAUCUGAAGAUAGCAGAUUCGAAUUUUCCAACCUCCUGUGCAUCUCAGAGUGAUCUGUGUGUCUCUGUAUUGGCUGCUGCAAUCUUCUGGGGACUUCUGGAAAGGAAGCUGAUGUUCUAAUGAGAGAGAUGCUAUCCUAAGAAACUGAUUUGUAACAAAGCAGUGUCCCUCAGGGUGGAGGGCCUUUGCGGGCAGGCAGUGUGAAGGACAAAUAGCUACAACUGCACCUCCAAGGGGUGCCCCACCCUCGCCCGAGACCUAGCCCUCCCACAUCGGCCCCAUACAUACACUUCCCUCUAACCACUCCGAUGGAGGCUAUCCCCCAGUGAAGAUGUUCAGAUGGUUCUAGCUUGGGUCCGACUGAAAUACAAUCUAUCCACUGGGUGGUGGUGGCACACACCUUUAAUCCCACCACUCUAGAGACUGAGGCAGGGGGAAUCUCUGAGUUUGAGGCUAGCCUGG